AAAUUGUGAUACGCUGAUAUAACAAAAGAUGAUGCUACUAUAAUGACCAAUGGUAAAGAAAUGAAUGUUUUAUUGUUGUAGCUAUCGAUGGGGAUUUAAUUAACCUUUUCUUUGACACCUUUUUAAUAAAAUUUUGAUAUCCGUCAUUAAAGUAGGUAUGAUUUUUAUGUCCCUGCUUUGUAAUCGUUUCCUGAUCUUAGUUUUCAGAUUCCUUUUUUCAUGCCAAAAGUAAGUAAUUUUUUUUCAAAGAGUCACGCAUUAAGAGAGAUCGAAAGUUCAAUUCUCAGCUACUGCAAUUUUACACAGAAGAAUUAAAAAAUUAUAGAACUGAAUGCGACUCCCAUGACACAUAUAUUGGUAAAUCAAGAAAAGAACCAUUAGUUUUAUAAACAGAAUACACAUGAAUAUAUAUUCAAAACUAAUUAAAACAAAAAAAAAAAGGAUCGUGUAAUAAAUGAAAUAUGCCAGGUUGCCCAAUGAUCUAAUAAUAAAUUGUAUAGCAUGGAAACACUACCGGAUGUUGUAAUUCAUUUAAUAAUAACCUUUGUAGUGAUUACCUCCCUCCCCCCUGUUCCUAUAAAUACCUGAUGAUAGCUUCAUUACUUCAGAUGAAUACAGUUAUUACUGUUGAUCGGUGCGUUAGUUUCUAGUAAACAUUGUUGACGCAAGAAGAACAUAAAAACAGUUCAUUAUAAAACAAGACAGUACAAAUUUCAUAGCCACGAUGAAGGUCGUUUUAUUAUUCGUGUUGCUGUUACUAUCAAUCUCUAUGUACGUCAGGGCUGUACCUGUUCCGGACACUACCACUUCUCCAGGAGUUACAACAACGUCAGACGGAUCGUCGACAGAUGCAGCGACGACACAAGUAACAAGUACUGAAGAAACGUCUACAAGUUCGUCAGUUAAUUGUAACGAUGUAUUUUUCCUACCAUGUGACGAAAAUAAUCCAAACAGCUGUUUUAACUGUGCGAACUUUGCAUGCGAAUUUGUCACCUCAUUUAACGAGUUUGCUUGCCUACCAAGUGGUGGUGGGCCCAGAGUGAAGUAACAUCCUUCGAAAAAUCCAUAUGAUUAAUUGUAAAUAUAAAAAGAAAUAAUAUUAAGACGAAGGGCUAUAGCAAAGAUUUUAUUUAUUGAAUAACUUAUAUAUCGUAUAAAUACGUUUUUAAUACCUAA